AUGCGGCUACGCCACGUCACGGCAGGUGGGCGGCGUAUCGACUGGUGCGCCGCGCGGCUGACAUUUGGCGAGGCGGCGGCGCGCUGGACCGCGAGGCAGCCCCACCGCGACACGCUCCACGGCGCCGCCCCCGCCCCCCGCCCCCGAGCACAGCAGAGGGGCGGCAGGAGGCGGCGGGCGGCCGCUGAGGUGGCAGCGCCCAGGCCUCGUGGGAUUCCUGCGCGGUCGUCGCCUCCGCCUCCGCCGCCCCCGCCCCCCGUCGGUCGCGCUCCAGUGGCGGCCCGCCCUGGCCCCCUGGUUUUUGCCCGCGGUAAACACUGUGCCGGCCACGGGCUGCGUGGCUGUGGCCGUGGCGGGCUGAUCAACAGGCGCGCCGGCACGCCCGUGACUGGCAGCUGGCCUCCAGAGGACACAGACACCUGCUGGCCGCUGCCGCCCCUGCCCCUCCCACGCCCACCAGCCACGGGCCGCUCUACUCCUCCCCCGUUAUCUCACCUCCUGAGGCGGCCGCACACCACACUUGCCCGUACUCACUGGAAGGCUGUACUGACUGGCCGUGCUGUCUCCAUGGUAGCGGCAGACGCCACACGUCUCUGUUGCGGCGCAGUAGCGAGCAGGGCGGCGACGCCUUGUACUACAACAGCGGGUCACACAACACACCAGCGACACGGCGGUGCAAGAGUCUGGACCGACGGUGAGGAGCAGUGGCAGCUGAACGGGCAGACGGAGGUCCACUGA